AUGUUGCCUACUUUCGAAUUGCUCGCAUUUGGACUCGCUCUAGCGAUUGGAACGUUGGCAUCUCCCUCCCUCAUUAUCUCCAAGGCAGCAUCUCCCGACAACACCUGCGGAACAACUGGCAAUGGAGGCAAUCCAUCUUCGUUCUCUUGUUCGACGGAUCUCCCGUGCUGUUCCGUUAAUGUUUGGUGUGGCAAUACGGACGAGUACUGCCUGGUAUCCAAUGGGUGCCAGGGCGAUUUCGGCACCUGCGUGCAAGACAGUGAUGCUGGAGGAGGCAACAGUGACCAAGGCUCGUUCGGAAAUGCUCAGUGUGGCCCUGACAAUGAUAAUAUGAUAUGUGCACCUAACGAAUGUUGUUCUGCCGCUGGCUUUUGUGGAACAACUUCUGACCACUGCAAAGUUCCAGACUGCUUGUUCCAAUCUGGACCAGCCUGCGAUGCCGAUAAAAUCCCGCCCGGCCAGAAUACGUCAAGUAUUGCCCGUCCUUGGGGUGGUCAGAUUGCAUACGGAGGUCCUGGCAUCUACAGCUGUGUCAACCCAGGAGACGUGGCUUUAACGUACGACGAUGGUCCAGAUAAAUACUUGAGUGAUCUACUAGAUCUUCUCAAGGGAUACAAUGCCUCUGCUACCUUUGUGAUAAUAGGUAACAAUAAUGCCAAGGGCGAAAUCGAUGACUUGGCUCUGCCUUGGGCUAGUAUUAUCAAGCGAAUGUACAUCCGAGGUCAUCAGUUUGCCAGUCACACCUGGUCCCACGCUGAUUUGUGCAAAAUCACAUCCGUGCAGCGCAAAAAUGAGAUGUACAAGCUAGAAAUGGCUUUGCGCAACAUUAUCGGUGUUUUCCCUACCUGCAUGAGACCACCCUUUUCCUCCUGUGCAGCAGAGUGUGGCUGUGAAAACGACAUGGCGGCCCUGGGCUACUCUAUCAUUUACUUUGAGCUUGAUACGGCCGAUUACCUUCACGAUAGCCCGUCGGAGAUCUCCCAAUCCGAGGAUAUUGUCGACCAUGCCAUCGACGCUAAGCCGUCUCCUAAUGGCAGUUUCCUUGUCAUCGGCCAUGACAUCCACCAGCAGACGGUUUACAGCCUCACGGAAUAUAUGCUGCAAAAUUUUCAGGGCAAGAAGAUGGUUACCCUGGGUGAAUGUCUUGGGGUCCCCAAGGAAAAUUGGUACCGUGCCGACACUCGCAUCACACUAGAUUAA